CAAGAUGCAUCCAAGCUCUCUCGAAGUCAUGGGGCCGGCUGUCCAAUAUUCCAAAGAAGUCAACACAAGAGAAACAAAAACAGGGCUUCAAGUUUUCAACAUGCGUAACUCUUUGGAAUUAUUAUGAAUACUAUCACAAUGUAACAUUAUUAGGGUUUUAAACUUAGAGGCUUGUUCGAUCUUUAAACUGUACAAUAAGUGUACCAGUUGUUCGUCUAAACGAUGAUAGUUUCUAUGGAAAAUAAAUACAUUAUUUAUUGGUUGAUUCGAAGUUCUUCGUAUGAUCUCAAAUGUCACUUGUACUAUAUGUUUAUCAAUGCCUUAGAAACUCUAUCGUAUCGUCUAUGUCCACCCCGAAAAUACCGAAUUCCAAAAUUAUGAUCGAUUUUAGUGAGUACGAAAUGAUUGAACCAUGUACGCGGUUUCACAAUCCUUUGCUAUCUAGCUCAUUCGAUUGCUUUUAGGGGCGCACACGAUUGGCGUUGCGAGUUGCUCCGUGAUCACUCGCAGGCUGUACAACUUCACCGGGAGAAGUGCAAGCCUGAUGGCGCCGGCAUCGGCAUUGAGCUCGACCGAAAAAAGUUCGAGGACUUUCGAUACACAUUUCUACCAAGGCGUAACGCAAAACAGAGGUCUCCUCAUUUCUGACGCAGCACUUCUCGACGAUCCUGCGACUCGAGCUUAUGUGAAGCGCCAGUCGACUUAUGGCGUUGGGUCGAGUUUUGGUAGAGAUUUUGGUGAAUCGAUGGUGAGGAUGGGUGGGAUUGGCGUACUGACGGGAAAUCAAGGGGAGAUUAGGAAACGUUGUGCCUUUGUGAAUUGAUUAUGAUCGUGAUCAUGUGUGGAAGUUGUUGUUGCUCACUAUGUAGUUAACAUGGUAUUAGCAAUUUAUGUGACUAAGAGGUAUCUUCUGUUGGAAUCCUGGUAAUCUCCAUUGGUAAGCACAUGAUGUCUGAAUUCUGAUACAUUUGCAAACUUCAAGCUUAUAUGAGUAGCUUUUGUUUGAGGGGAUGUUUUAUUAUAUGGUGUAUUGAACAUCUACCAACAAUUCGAGUUAUUGGAAUCAAAUGGUUGUUGAUACUUAUGAAGUUUAGAUGUUCAAGAUAAAUUGUUUUGGCACUUUAGUUUUCAAUUCAAAAGAAAUGUCUACAAGACGUAAAUGAGAGUUGAAAAUUAAAGGGUAAUGUCUAUUUUUUAUCUAAACUUUUUUUAGAUUCUUCUAUAUUAUCAAAACCUAUCAAAAUACUAAGAAUUAGCCAAAUGUUAAUUUUCAGUUAGCAAUUUUGUUAGUAAUAUUGACUUGGCAAUAUGAUACUGACUUGGAAGAGACACAUGAAUGUCAACAGGUAAUACAAACAGAAUUUUAUGGAAAGUGAGUUAGAUGUGCUUACUAGUUUAGAAUAGGAAGCACAACAUGUUUGAAUAUUUUAUAAUUUUUUUGGUAAUCUAAAGAUGAUCUAUGAUGAGGAUUUAUCACACCAUUCAUACCACGUAGAAAACUAAGCAUAUAUAAUAUAGUGAACGGCUAUUUGCCGCCAAUCAAAUUGCUAUUUGCCGCCAACUAAAAAAAAAAAAAAAGAAUUCAAAAUUUGAAUUUUCUAUUCCUUCCCAGUGCCUCCGUCGCCGGUAAAAAAAAAAAUUAAAUUUUGAAUUUUCCCUUCCUUCCCAGUGCCUCCGUCGCCGGCACCGUUCUUCCGUCGUCGGCUAACCUCCCGUCGCCCUCAAUCGUCGGAAAACAAGUAAGUUUACUUUUUCCGGCCAGUUUUCCAGUUUUCCGGUAAGUUUUCCAGUUUUCCGGCGAAAAACACGGCGGGCCGAAAAAAAAUUGCGGCCCGAACGUCGCCGAGCCGAAAAAAAUUUGUGGCCGGGACGACGGCCGGCCGAAAAAUUCUUUCGGCCCGGCGACGCCACGGCCGCAAAUUUUUUUCGGCCGGUCGCCGAACACGCCGGCCAAAAAUUUUCCGGCGGCGUGUUCGUCGGCCGGCCGAAAAAAAUUUGCGGCCGGAGCGACGUCGGGCCGAAAGAAUUUUUUUCGGCCGGUCGCCGAACACGCCGGCCAAAAAUUUUCCGGCGGCGUGUUCGUCGGCCGGCCGAAAAAAAUUUGCGACCGUGGCGUCGCCGGGCCGAAAGAAUUUUUCGGCCGGCCGUCGUCCCAGCCACAAAUUUUUUUCGGCUCGGCGACGUUCGGGCCGCAAUUUUUUUUCGGCCCGCCGUGUUUUUCGCCGGAAAACUGGAAAACUUACCGGAAAACUGGAAAACUGGCCGGAAAAAGUAAACUUACUUGUUUUCCGACGAUUGAGGGCGACGGGAGGUUAGCCGACGACGGAAGAACGGUGCCGGCGACCGACGAUUGACUUGCCUCGCGCCCGAUCUUCGUCCAAUCGACCCCGAACUCGCUAGAAAUCCAUAAUGAAAUUCAUAAGUUCAU